AUGCCUUACAAUCCAGGCCGUCAUUGGGUCUUGCUCAUUAUGAGACCAAAGAGGGAGACUGUGUAUUUUCUGGAUCGACUACCCGGAAAUCGAGUGGUUGAUGAUGAGUGCAAAAACAUAGUGAACACAUGUAUAAAUUCACACAUAGGCAGACAAGGCCGUAAAGCACAUAUUUGGAAAACUCUACAAGGCACACCAAAGCAACCCAGCAGUGUAGAGUGUGGCUAUUAUGUCAUGCGCUUUAUGAGAGACAUCAUCACAGAUCCUUCUUUAGAGUUUGAGAAGAAGUUUGAAAAUGGCAAAGAUCAAGCACCAUACCCCCAAGAAGCCAUUGAAGAAGUGAGGAAAGAAUGGGCAGAUUUGGUUUGCCUUCAUAUGGAGUAG